AUGACGAACACUAAAGGCGCCAAGAACAAGAAGACGUCAAAGGGGCAGGUGGAGCAGCAGCAGCAGCAGCAGCAGCAGGGCAAAAAGGCCGCAGGGGAGGCAAAUGGGGGCGCCGAUGUGCCGCACCCAUUUCUGGGUCGUGAGUUGCGCGUGGAGCUGACGGACCGCCGCGUUAUCGCUGGGACUCUGAUUGCGUUCAUGGGCCACGGUGACUUGCUGCUGCAGAAUGCGGUGGAGCAGCGCUGCUACGCCGAUGGGGAGGUGAGUUGUCGGCCACUCACCUUAGUGGCUGUCCCUUUCCAGCAUGUGAUGGCGAUGCACCGGCGACUACCUGGCUGCGACCCCAUCGCGCUCGCGGAGGGCUGA